UAAUAAUAAAGCUGAUUCUCCAUCUGCCACACCACCACCACCACCACCACCGUCAAUAAUAAUAAUCACGGUGUAGUUAUGGCCUCGCACUCUCAAUCCCAACAAAAUCUGUCUAUAAACCCUAACACAAUGAAUAUGAAUAUGAUGCAGCAGCAAAACCAUGGGUUCCCCUUUAAUAACUCUAUGUCUGGCCAGAAAACAGUGGAUCAUCUUCAGUCUGACGGCGGCGGUGGCGGUGGCGGUGGCGGAGAGCCGUCGAGGAAAAAAAGGGGUAGGCCUAGAAAGUGCAUUGGGGUCUCCGAAACCCCAGCAGCAGCCAAGCGUCUACGUGGCAGGCCUCCUGGUUCUGUCAAAAAGCAGUUGAAUUCUCUAGGAGUACCCGGAGUUGGUUUCACGCCUCAUGUAAUUACAGUUAAUGCUGGAGAGGAUGUAGCUUCAAAAAUAAUGGCAUUCUCAAAGCAAGGAUGUAGGACGGUUUGCAUAUUAUCUGCUAAUGGUACAAUCAGCAAUGUUACACUUAGACAAGCAUCCAUGUCUGGUGGAACUGUAACAUAUGAGGGGCAAUUUGAGAUAAUAUGCUUGUCGGGAAGUACAAGUGGUGGUGGUGGUCUUAGUGUGUCUUUGGCGGGUUCAGAUGGUAUGGUAUUGGGUGGUGGAGUUGCUGGGUUGCUUAAAGCAGCCUCACAAGUCCAGGUUGUGGUAGGCAGCUUCAUCGCAGAUGGGAAAAAGGCAAAGUAUAUUUGUAGUGGUGCUACUAAUACGAGGAGCAGUACUAUUCGUCAAAACAGCAUGUUUAAUUUUGGGUCUCCAGGUGGUUCAACUGAGUCGAAUGAUGACAAUAGUCAACAACAACAACAACAACCAAUUAAUCCUAAUUCUGCCAUUAUUCUGCCGACUUAUUCAACUUUGGCUUGGCCAAAUGCAAUCCAUAUGCUUCCUAAUUAGUCACUUGACAAGCAGAUCUUAAUGGAAGAAAGAAAACCGAAGAAAGACUUGUUGAUUCUCUUUUUGCUCUGGUUUAAUGAGCCACAAGAUAAAGAUUCAAACCUGCAAAUCAAAGUGUAGUGAAGAUUCCAUGUCAAACUCAACCUAGCUACAGUUAUGAUCCCUAGCUUAAUGCUCAAAAUUGUUUUAUCCCAACCCCCUUUCUGAAGCCUUUGUCUCGUUUUGGACAAGUUUAUUUUUUUUUUUUGGUCCAAAUUAUUUAUCACU